GACAACGUCUCGUCCCCUCUUCAAUUUAUUUUAAAAAUGCCAAUCCCUGUUAGUAAAUCCGACCAUGUUGUGGUGCACUAACCUUCGUUUUAAUAAUUUGAAGGUUAUUAUGAAAAAUAUGGCAUAAGAUGCUUUAGCGAGCAGCAUAUUAUAUUCGUAACAUUUCACGUUUUAUGAAUGAUGCACAGUGAUCGCAAGCGUCGUACGCGGACUAUUUUGGUGUCAGACCAUUGUGGGAUUCCUGGUAGACUAGGAAAUAUAAGCAAAACUAGCCGUCGAAAAGACACUGGCAUCUCUUAGCCAGUUAAAGCCCAUGUCAGAGGUGUCUGGGUUCCCAUUGACUGAUGGAGUGAACAGCAUCACUAUGUCUCACAGACUGACCAAGGAGGAGCUGGAUGAACAGUUUGAGCUGUUCUUAAAGGAGUCUGUUUCAGAUGACUCGGUGGAUUUGGGCAGCUCUGAGAAGCAGCCCUGUGCUAAAAGCAGUCAGAAAUCAGCCCUGAAACCAACACUGUCAUUGUGGCAAGAUGACGAACACAGUGUUGGAGGAACAGGGAGAGAGACGGCCAAAAGCAGAUUUAUCAAAGCCAAAAAGUCCCAGCCAGAGAAUGAGGGACUGCUGGGUUCUGGGACGUUUUCUAGGAAGUAUUUGAGGAAGUCUCACCCUAUUCGAGAGGAGGAAGAGGGUCCAGGAGACACUGGUUUGAGGAAAGAAGGGCUGGAAUCAGUUGUUCUCAGCAAAGACAACGUAGAGACAGAGAACUCAGUCAUGGUAUCAGCUUUGAACAUGAUCAGUAUGGGCUUGGACACACUGGAGGAAGAAGAGGAGAAAGCCAGGUUUUUUACCCAACUAGAAGCCGGAGCCUCAUCAACUAUAGAUUACUCCAAGAUGAACAGAGAGCUGGACUCAACUAGUUCUACUAUUGAUACUAACCUCAGGAAAGCUGAGGAAGAAGUGAAGCAGAGUGAUGAGGUUCAAGGACAACCAGAGACCAUAAGAAGCUCUCCAGGCUCUCCACACUACAGUGAGGAUUUUGAGGAUGAGGAGAAUGGGAAAGAGCCACUGGAAGAGAAGUCUAAGAUGUCUCCAAUUAUUGCCAAAGUUUCUCUCUAUGAUUCUUUGGAUGACACUGGUGGAGAAGACAGAAGGAAGGACACAGUAGAAUCACCGGACAGAGGCCACCCAUAUGUGCACAGUGGAGGGUCGGAGAUGGAGGCUCUUCAUGAAGCCUACAGACAGAUUGAUGUUGUGGAGGAUUCAGAUGACUAUAAUCACCAUUGUUCAUCUCUGGAACAGAGGGGGAGGAUCCACAGAUCUGUUUCUCCAUCCUUCCCUCCUCACCAUGUCGGGCAGUCUCUUCAGCCUGAUUCUACAAAUGAGUCAGAGCUACCCACUGCAGAAGAGCUGAUGAGGCCCAUCCGACCAGAGGAGGACCAUAUCAGAGGGUUCACUCUCCAGGCUGUCAGUGCUGUGGAACUUGACCAAGAAAAAACAUCCUGCUCCUUGGAAAGGACUUUCCCAGAUGUGACUUAUACAGAAUCACAACUAAAGCAACCAGGAAAGGCUGACCCCAUUGCAGGGAUGAAGGGAGCCAAAGGAUUGACUAGCUCCCCUUCCAGCUCCCCAGAUCAUCCCAACCGUGAACUGACAUGGAGCAUCAGAGAUGAAGUAGAGAGAUUGAUGAAGGAUCACAAGAAUUCUUCUUACAUAUCGUCUCAGGCUGGCAAAGUUAAGAAACAACCGGCCUCCCGCAGCUCCACAAUUUCUCAUCCUUCUACAUCUUCAGUGAGGAAACCCACUGUGGCUCCUGUGAGAGGCAGGAAAGUAGAGGGGAGAACACCAGUGACUUCCAGGUCAUCAGGGAUCAGUGGAGCUGCUGCUACAGCCAAAACCCAUUCUCCGCAGCAUCCAUUAAGAGCUAAAUCCACAAAGAGCCUAGAAAAAGAUGACUAUACAGAGCCAGGUCUGAAGGUGAGCAGUGAGCUGGUGGCAUCUGUUCAGUCCUUAGUGGCUGUCAUCCAACAGCAGAUAAACACCAACAGUCACCAGGAAACCAAACUGACACAUCAUCUUCCAAAGAACAAUAGGGAUGAGGACAGCUCUCUGGUGAAGGAGCUGAGAGUCCAGCUGGCUCAGAAAGAGAGGGAGCUGCAGAUGAUGAAAGAAGGAGCAGAGGAGCUCAACUCACUCAGACAGCAGAACUACCUACUGCAAAGCAAGCUGCGAAGUGCAGAAGAAGAAGCCAGUCAGAGGAAGAGAUGGGCUGAGGCCACAGACCCUGCAGCAAAGGAAAAGUUCCAACGGAUUGAUAAAGAAAUUAAAGAGCAGGAGAUUCUCAUUAAAGGUUACCAGCAGGAGAAUGAGAAGCUGUACUUGCAGAUGAAGGCUCAGCAGGCCAAGAGUAAAGCCAAUGAGGAGGCCAUGUUUAAUGAAAACCAAAGGCUGCUGAAUGAGCUGGAUUUCACAAGGGAGCAGCUGAGUAAAACCUCAAGGCCUGUGGGAAAUAUCUGUUUAAUGGAUCACACUCAACGCAUUACAGACUUAUUAGCUCAAAUAAAUACAUUUCAGACGAAUGAGGCUAAGAUGUCUGAGGACAUUCACAGACUGAAGCAAGAAAAGCAGGCUUUGGAGAUAGACCUGCAGCUAAUGAAGAAAGAGAAAGACCUGGCUAAAGCCCAGGCCAUCUCCACCUCUGGUGAUAAGACCUUUGAGCUGUGUGUAUUGGAGGACAAGCACAGAGAGGAAGUGUCAGCCCUGAAGAAAAAGCUGCAGUGGUUUGCUGAGAACCAGGAGCUUCUGGACAGAGAUACUGUCAGGCUGAAGGCUGCUACAGCAGAGAUACAUCAACUCAAAGAGCAGGUAGAAAAACUGAAAAUUGAAGUGAGCAAAAGAAGCAGUGAGCGGCAGAGAAAGGCAAAAGAGAAAUCUGUGGACACAAAGAGGAUGCAGGACCUGGAGCGACAGGUGAAGGAGCUGGAGCAGAUACUGAGACACAGAAACCCAAACUCCCUUCCUGCUCUAAUAUACGCUGCAGCCAGCGCUGGUGGUGAGGAGGAUGUGGGCACAGCUAAGGCGUCUUCACCCAGUCGCAUCGUCACUCUGCUGGAGCACAGGAUCCAGCGUCUGGAAGCAGAGCUGGAGAACCAUGAUGAGGAGGCCAAACGCAGUCUGAGGGCCAUGGAACAACGGUUCCACAGUGUCAAGCUCCGCUAUGAGUUCCAGAUCUCAGAGCUGGAGCAGCAGCUGGAACAGAAACAGCAGGUUGAAGCUGCAGGCUCAGCAGCUGAGACCAAGCAAUGGAUGUCACAGGUUCAAACUCUGGAGGAAGAGCUACAGCAGGUGAAGGAAACCCACCAGGAGAAAGAGAAAUCUCUCCACAACCAGGUUGAGUCUCUGCAGCAACAGCUCACAAACAAGGCCCAGCCAAGUCCAGGCCGACACCAGUGUCAGACCGAGGCAGCGUUUGGCGUUCGGAUAGAGCGGUUUAACCACGAGCUUGCCACCAAAACACGAACCAUUCAGGAGCUGCGCCGCACCGUGGAGAGACUGCAGAAGGAGAGGAGGAGCAUGCUGUCCAUCCCUAACCCACAACCAGAAACGCAUUCUACAGAGACCAAACGACAACCAGGCCUGACCAAGACAUUCUGCUCUGCUACUCCAAAAGAGACAUGUGGAGGGGAAGAAACCUUUCCACCUGCUCAGUAUGAGAAGACCUACCAGCCCACAGUCUUUUCAGGGAGUCAUAUAUCAGAGGUUCUGCAGGAGAACGAGGCUCUGAGACAGCGUCUGGAGCUGCUGGAGCUGCAAAGGGAAGAGGAGAAGGAGGCAUUAAAGGCUGAUGCUGCACAAGCCAAGGAGGAGCUGUGCAGGCUGAAGGAGCACUCUGCAGAGCAGCUGUCUUCUAUGAAGGCAGAACACCUCAGGGUAUUAGACCAGCUGUGUGCCACUCAUGCCCUGGAACACUCAUCCUCAAAGGUCGCUGAACAGGCCAAUAAGCUCAACACCCAGGAGAUAAUGGUGAAACAUUUGCAAGACCAAUUAAAGGAGCUGCAAGGAGCUAAAGAUGCCCUGGCAAUAUCCAGGACUCGAGAGAACACUCUGCAGACGCAGCUCACCAGACUGCUGAAGGAGCUGAAGGAAGCUAAAGAAGCUCAGAGCCCAGAGGUGAAAUUCCUAUGUAGCCUGGAGAGGAAGAUCCUCAACAUGGAGCUCAGACACCAACACAGAGAGAAAGAGCUGAAGCAGGUGAUGGAUGGGUCAUGGCAGACGCUGGAGGUGAAUCAGCAGUCAGAGGUGGAGCACUGGAAGCAUCUGGCUCAGGACAAGAGCAGAGAGCUGGAGGCUUUCCGUCUGGAGCUCGACUCCAUCCUGGACAUCCUGAGACAUCUCCAAAGACAGGGAGUGGUGUUCCCCCCCUCCUGACCCCGUCAAUUAAUGCACACACAAAAUCUGACUUGUAGUUUGUCAUUGAAAGUUAAUGCUGAUACUUGUGUACCGAAGCCAAAGACGGACAACGAAAGCAAUAAUCAAUAUCUCAGCAGUAGAUUUAGUUCAGGUGAAGGGACUCCCAUUGACAGCGAGUGUAAUAUAGGUCAUUAUCCCAAAUGUCAGAGAUGGACAUCAGUAGCUGACUAACUAUUCGCAAUAUUUCAUGUUUACAUUAAAAACAGAAAUAAAGCUACAAGCUACAGAAACAUUUAAAGUUAUGAAGACACAGAAUGUCUUCAUACACAUUCUGUACCUGUUUCUAACUUUUGUGCGCAUUUUUUGUAACAAAGUUCUAUUUUUUAUUUAAAUUAUUUUAACCUAUUUAAGCUGUAGUGAAAAUAAAUGUCUU